AUGGAUUGUUGUUCAGACCCAGAAAAGAAACGCCAGAAAAAAAUCAGGGCAAUUGAGACAGAAAAUUGGAUUCACAGAUUUCAUUCGGAGUACUGUUGGGUGAAACGUUUGCCUCAACAAAUUCACAGGCCUCUGAUCCCUGCAAAGCACCAAUUGGAUUUUGAUCGACUUGCUCCAUCACCUCCUGGUCGUGGUAGACGUAUCAUCAACCUCCGCCGUCGUGCCAAUGAAAGUCUGGGAUUUGCUGUCAGGGGAGGUUUUGAACAUGGAAUUGGUGUGUUUGUGUCCCAUAUUGACGCAGGCUCCCAGGCAGAGAGACAGGGACUCCGGGUUGGAGAUGAGAUAGUGAGAGUGAAUGGCUACACAAUCUCCCAGGCAAUCCAUGAAGAGGUCCUCAACCUCAUUAAGGGACAUGAUGCAGUGGAACUCAAGGUUACAAAUAUAGGGAUGCUGCCUGUCAAAGAGAAACAAGGAGACACACUGACAUGGAAGUAUGUAGAGAAACGUGACCGGAAGAAAAGUGUAAUGAAGACACAGCAUCGCCAAGAACCUGAGGAUAAAGGGGAAAUUGUCAAACUGUUUGCCAAUCUCCGUACGUCUCCUUCUCUUGGAUGUAGGAUUAUAAGUGGCCCCCAAGGUCGAGGAAUAUAUAUCCAGCGGGUGGGCCCACAGAGUUUGGGUGAGCAGAUCGGCCUAGAAGUUGGUGAUCAGAUCCUCGAUGUCAAUGGCAUAAGCUUCCUGAAUGUAUCACAUAACGAGGCCAUUGUAGCACUUAAAAGCAGCAAGGAACUCAAUCUUGUAAUCAGAAAAAAGACAGGAAUGCAAAUAGUGCAAUCUGCCGCAAUCAACACUCGUACCCAGACACCAACAGAACCUCCAAAGCAGGAGAGUGGCCCAGUGAGUGGUCAGCAGUACGAAGAACCUGCAUAUGCUGUUGUUAUGAAGGAAAAGAAAGAUGUGCCACCUCCACCUCCACCCCCGGCCGCAGUCCCUUCCCUUGUCCCACCACCUCCACCGCCUAUAGAACAGACCACACAUAGACCAAAGACAAAGAAAAAAGCACCUUCACCUCCGUCAGCUCCUCAGCCAAGCUUAGACUUCAGGGAAGAGUUAAACAGAUUGAAUCUCAAGCGACAAGGUGAGCAAAAAGAAAUGAAGGAUGAAGAUGAUGACACUCUUGAAGGUGAUGAUAGUUUGGUAGAAGAUCAUUUUAUAGGGAAGAUUAAGGAUCAGAGAUCAGAAGAGGAACAGACACCUUCUACACCUUUAUCUACAGGAAACCAGGAUAUGGAAGCAGCAGCAAGGCUAGAGAAAGUCUUACAGCAGAAACAAGUCCACCAAAGGCAGAAUGAAGAGAGACAUCGAGAAGAGGUGUUCGAGAGAAAUCGGAUGAAGAGAAAUGCACUGGAACACAAAUUAUUAGAAGAAAUACGUCAGCAUAAGAGGCACACAAAAAAAGUCCAGCUCGAACUGAGGUUGCAACGACAGCAACAGGACAAGGCCGAGAUGAAACGUGAAGUUGAGGUCUGCGCGGUGUCAGAUAUAUUACGAGGAAUAGGUAGACCCCUAAAGAAGGCAGACCUUCAUCUAGUAGGCCCUACUCCAGGUUUCAGUCAACCCAGUAAGAAGGAAGUCCUGGACCAGUCAGCAGACAAUACAGAUAGUGAGGAAAGGACAGAGCUAAACUCCAAGUCUCUAUCACCUAUUUCUGACAUAGAUGAUUAUGUUGUGGAGAAAAAGUUGAAUGAACAAAUGGAUGAUCCUCAAGUCACCGACAUAGAUAGACUGAGUUUAAAUGAGAAACUGCCUUACAGUAUCAUACACUAGAACCAGACUGAAGACUGCGUUAGAAAGACAAUGUUAAUCAGUAAACUUC